GGCUGCCAGAAGGGGAGAAUUACGUCCUCGGUGCAAGGCUUCACGGAAGACUUGAUUUUUUAUUUUUCCUUCAAGUUUCUUGGAUUCUUUGGGAAUAUUUUCUUUCUCGUGCAAGCUCCUCCUAGGGAAACCCCUGUGUGGCGGUAUCCCUUCGCGAUGCGAAGAUGGCGUCCCUGCUCCCUCCCCGAGGCGCCUACGAGUUCCGCCGCUUCACCCAGGAAUCGCUGGCGGAGAUCGAGAGGCUCAAGGCGGAAAGCGAAAAGGCAGCAGCAGCAGUAGAGGGCCACGAGGGCCACGAGGGCCACGAGGCCCACGAGGGGGAAGAGCCAGCGGCCCCGAACGCUGGUCUGGAGGCGGGCAAGAGUCUGCCCAUGAUCUACGGAGACGCUCCAUCAGAGAUGCUUAACAUGCCUCUGGAGGAUCUGGACCCCUUCUACAAAGCACAGCACACAUUCAUUGUGAUCACUAAAGGAAACACAAUCUUCAGGUUCAACGCUGAACCGGCCUGCUACGUUCUGAGCCCCUUUAGUUUGGUUAGAAGAGGAUCCAUCAGAAUUCUCAUACAUUCAUUAUUUAGCAUGUUCAUCAUGAUUACGAUUCUAUCGAAUUGUGUUUUCAUGACGAUGAGCAACCCUCCAGCAUGGAGUAAAACCGUCGAGUAUGUCUUCACUGGUAUCUACACCGUUGAGGCAACAAUCAAAGUGUUGUCAAGAGGUUUCUGUUUUGGAUCUUUUACAUUCCUUCGAGAUCCAUGGAAUUGGCUGGAUUUCAUGGUGAUCAGCAUGGCAUACGUCACUGAGUUUGUUGACCUCGGCAACGUGUCAGCCCUCAGGACGUUUCGUGUACUUCGAGCCCUUAAAACAAUUACUGUGAUUCCUGGUUUGAAAACCAUCGUUGCCGCUCUGAUCCAGUCAGUGAAGAAGAUGGUGGACGUCAUGAUUCUGACCGUCUUUGCGCUCGCUGUGUUUGCCCUCAUUGGCCUUCAACUCUUUAUGGGAAAUCUGCGUCAGAAAUGUGUGCGAUGGCCCCUCCAGACAAACGAAACCGCCUUUGAAUUUUUCAACACCACCGCCACAUUCAACGACACGGCGUCCUUCAACAGCACCAUGGGCUUCAAUGAUACCACAUAUUCCAACAGCACCUUCAAUUUCAAUGAUUAUAUUGAAAACAUAGAGAAUCACUAUUAUUUGGAAGGCAGCCUAGAUGCUCUACUUUGUGGAAACAGCUCCGAUGCUGGAAAGUGCCCAGAGGGAUACGAAUGCAUGAAGGCUGGGAGGAACCCCAACUAUGGCUACACCAGUUUUGACUCUUUUGGCUGGGCCUUCCUGGCCCUCUUCAGACUCAUGACCCAGGACUACUGGGAGAACCUUUUCCAGCUGAUCCUGCGGGCGGCCGGUAAGACAUACAUGCUGUUCUUUGUGGUAAUCAUCUUUCUGGGCUCCUUCUACCUCAUCAACCUCAUCCUGGCUGUGGUAGCCAUGGCUUAUGAAGAGCAGAAUCAGGCAACUCAGCGAGAGGCCAUAGAGAAAGAGGAAGAGUUCCAGCGGCUACUAGAGCAACUCAAGAAUCAGGAAGAGGGUCAAGCUCUUGGGAGCUGUGCCACUCUAACCAGUAAGAAGUCGCUGAGUCAUCACACCAUGUCUGAGUUGACAGACGAUGAACGGAGCCUUGAACGUGAUGAAAUUAUCAAGGAUUGUAACGGGAGAAUCAUUCCCCGUCUGUUAGUCAGAGCGCCCACCAUGGUCCAGUCUGCUGCAGAUUACGAAUGUGGAGAGAAGUCAUCGGGCUCCGUUCACAGCAUGUUUCAUCUGGACGAACCAGGCCUGAAACGGAGGACUGCUAGUGCUCUGACGGUGCUCACUGUAGCUGCUAUAGAAGAGUUGGAGGAGGCUCAGAGGCCGUGCCCACCCGCCUGGUACAAGUUUGCCGACACGUUCCUGAAGUGGGACUGCCACCCGCGAUGGGUGGUCUUCAAAAAGUGGGUGCUCUUUGUAGUGAUGGACCCCUUUGUCGACUUGGCCAUCACCAUCUGCAUCGUGCUCAACACCCUCUUCAUGGCCAUGGAGCACUACCCCAUGACCCCAGAGUUUGACUACAUGCUCUCCGUGGGGAAUCUGGUUUUCACUGGGAUCUUCACAGCGGAGAUGGUUUUCAAGCUGAUCGCCAUGGCUCCCUACUACUACUUUCAAGUUGGCUGGAACAUUUUCGACAGCAUCAUCGUCAGUCUCAGUCUGGUGGAGUUGGGGCUGGCAAAUGUCCAGGGGCUGUCUGUCCUCAGGUCCUUCCGUCUGCUCCGUGUCUUCAAACUAGCGAAGUCCUGGCCCACGCUCAACAUGCUGAUCAAGAUCAUUGGUAACUCGGUAGGAGCUUUGGGAAACCUGACUUUGGUGCUGGCCAUCAUCGUCUUCAUCUUCGCUGUGGUGGGUAUGCAGCUCUUUGGCAAGAGCUACAAGGACUGCGUGUGCAAGAUCUCCUCGGAGUGCGAGCUGCCGCGCUGGCACAUGCACGACUUCUUCCACUCCUUCCUCAUCGUUUUCCGCAUCCUGUGCGGGGAGUGGAUCGAGACCAUGUGGGACUGCAUGGAAGUGGCCGGAGCUGGGAUGUGUUUGGUUGUCUUCAUGAUGGUUAUGGUCAUUGGAAAUCUAGUGGUGUUGAACCUCUUUCUGGCCUUGCUGCUCAGCUCGUUCAGCGGAGACAACCUCUCCACUGGGGACGAAGACGGGGAGAUGAACAAUCUCCAGAUCGCCAUCUGCAGGAUCACACGAGGCAUCGACUGGUUCAAAGCGCUCGUCGUUCGAACCGUCCUGCAGAUUCUCGGCAAAAAGCCUAAGGAGCCUGAGGAGGGCCCGACGGACGACGAGGGCCCUAAAAUGGAGGAAAUUGAAAUGAACCACAUGGACACCGGUCAGAAAAUGGCAGAUGGGAUACUUAAUUGUUUAGUUGAAGGCCGGCCUUCUGGAUUUGUUGUGGACGGAGAGUUCAGUGUCAACGUGCCAAUCGCUCAGGUUGAGUCAGACUUUGAAAACCUGGGCGAGGAUGACGAGGAUGAUGCUGAUAAUGCUAAUGACUCAGAGAUUUCAGAUGAGAAAAAUAAUGAGAAAAACUUAGAAGAUGAAAGUAGCAUUCUGGGAAAAGUCAAACUGAUGGGUGCUUUGAAUGAUGGGGAUUCUUCAGUGUGUAGCACAGUGGACUAUCAACCACCUGAGCUUGAACCAGAAGAAGUGGAGGAAGAAGAGCCGGAACCCGUGGAGCCAGCGGCCUGCUUCACCGACGAGUGUGUGAGGCGCUGGCCGUGUCUGACGGCGGACAUCACCCAAGGUAAAGGCAAGAAAUGGUGGAACCUCCGUAGGGCUUGCUUCAUGAUUGUGGAGCAUGACUGGUUUGAAACCUUCAUCAUCUUUAUGAUCCUCCUCAGCAGCGGCGCUCUGGCGUUUGAGGAUAUAUACAUAGAAAGACGCCGAACCAUCAAAAUCAUUCUGGAGUAUGCUGACAAAGUUUUUACCUACGUCUUCAUCAUCGAGAUGCUCCUUAAAUGGGUGGCAUACGGCUUCAAGACCUACUUCACCAACGCUUGGUGUUGGUUAGACUUUUUCAUCGUAGAUAUUUCCCUGAUUAGUUUAGCUGCCAACUGGAUGGGAUACUCGGACCUCGGACCGAUCAAGUCCCUCAGGACUCUCAGGGCACUGAGGCCUCUUCGGGCGCUGUCGAGAUUUGAAGGGAUGAGGGUGGUGGUGAACGCUCUCGUUGGAGCGAUUCCCUCCAUCUUCAACGUGUUGCUGGUGUGUCUGAUCUUCUGGCUCAUCUUCAGCAUCAUGGGAGUCAACCUGUUUGCUGGGAAGUUCUACCACUGCAUCAACACCACCACGGGGGAGCUUUUCCCCAUGACGGAAGUCAACAACAGGACCGACUGCCUGGCCGUCCAAGAGGCCACCCAGGAGGCCCGCUGGGUCAACGUCAAAGUCAACUAUGACAACGUGGGACAAGGCUACCUGUCACUGCUUCAAGUGUCAACUUUUAAAGGCUGGAUGGACAUCAUGUAUGCUGCCGUCGACUCAAGAGAGGUUGAGGAGCAGCCUUCUUAUGAGAUCAACCUCUACAUGUACAUUUACUUUGUCAUCUUCAUCAUCUUUGGCUCUUUCUUCACACUCAACCUCUUCAUUGGUGUCAUUAUUGACAACUUCAACCAACAAAAGAAAAAGGGAGAUAAAGACCUCUUCAUGACUGAGGAACAAAAAAAGUACUACGAAGCCAUGAAGAAGCUUGGCUCCAAGAAGCCACAGAAGCCGAUUCCACGUCCAACGAACCUGAUCCAGGGAAUAGUGUUUGACUUCAUCAGUCAGCAGUUCUUUGACAUCUUCAUCAUGGUGCUCAUCUGCCUCAACAUGGUGACCAUGAUGGUGGAGACGGACAACCAAAGCCCCGAGAAGGAAGAUUUCCUCUUUAAAGUAAACGUUGCUUUCAUCGUCGUCUUCACGGGCGAGUGCGUGUUGAAGCUCUUUGCCCUGCGACACUACUUCUUCACCAACGGGUGGAACGUUUUUGACUUUGUUGUGGUCAUCUUGUCCAUAGCUGGUUUGAUGCUCUCAGACAUAAUCGAGAAGUACUUUGUAUCACCGACUCUGUUCAGAGUGAUCAGACUGGCCAGAAUAGGCAGGAUCCUGCGUCUUAUUAAAGGAGCGAAGGGCAUUCGGACGCUUCUCUUUACUCUAAUGAUGUCACUUCCUGCUCUAUUCAACAUUGGCCUCCUGCUCUUCCUCAUUAUGUUCAUCUUCUCCAUAUUUGGCAUGUCAAACUUUGCCUACGUCAAAAAGGAGGCUGGAAUCGAUGACGUAUUUAACUUCGAGACGUUUGGCGGCAGCAUUAUCUGCCUGUUUGAGAUCACAACGUCAGCCGGCUGGGAUGGGCUUUUACUUCCGAUGCUGAACAAAGACUUUCCGGACUGCGAUCCAGACUUUGAGAACCCGGGCACGGAUGUAAAGGGCAACUGCGGCAACCCGAUCAUAAGCAUGACGUUCUUCUGCGGCUAUAUCAUCAUCUCCUUCUUGGUGGUGGUCAACAUGUACAUCGCCAUCAUCUUGGAGAACUUCAAUGUGGCGCAGGAGGAGAGCGGCGAUGCGCUCUGUGAGGACGACUUCCAGAUGUUCAACGAGACGUGGGAGAAGUUUGACGUGGACGGAACUCAGUUCAUUGAGUAUAGCCGGCUCUCAGAUUUCUGUGAUGCCCUGCAGCAGCCGCUGAAGGUUGCCAAGCCCAACCGGCUAAGCUUGAUUGAAAUGGAUCUGCCCCUGGUCAUCGGAGACAGGAUCCACUGCCUGGAUGUCUUGCUGGCCGUCACACAGAUGGUCUUGGGAGACACGGUGGAGAUGGCGGCGAUGCGUGAGAGCAUUCAGGCCAAGUUCAUCCUGAGCAACCCCACCUCGGACUCCUUCGCGCCGAUCACCACGACAAUGCGCCACAAAGAAGAGCAGAUGGCCGCCGUCGUCAUCCAGAGGGCUUACCGCCAGCACCUGCUGAAACGCUGCGUACGCCACGCCGCUUUCAUGCACCGCUGCAAGAGGAUUGGUGGAAAGGAGGGAGGCGAUGAUCCACCAGAGAAGGAGGGCAUGCUCGCACGGAGGAUGGGAGUGCUCUACGGGAGCAACGUGGACCUCGCCGAGGAGAUGGAGCAGGCCGAUUUAGAAACUCUUGCAAGCCAGCAGCCUCCGAAUCCUGAGACAAUGUCACAUGACACAGGGGCCCAAUGUGGUCCAGAACCCCCCGAGCCUAAUAUCAUGGUUGUACCUGUAGAAAUCACUAAUGAGGUGUUAUUACAUUCUGCCCCCAACCCACACCUCUUUACCCUACAUGCAAAUCUGAGGGAGACGAUCGUAUAACAAGCAGCAGAAGACGGUUAAUUAUGUCGUCCUCCUGUUGCAUAUUGGAUGAAGAGCUUACACAGUGCUAAUGAAUGUUUAAACUUAACAAAUAACUGCUGUUUUUUUCAUGUGAUAUUCAAGUUUCUUUUUUGGUUUUAAGGUUGAAACUGGAGUUCAUGCUUUUUGUAGCUUUCUAGUAAAAAAUCCAUCUUGAAAUUGCCAGAUAAAGCCCCCUGUGUGUCUGAAAAUAACAUAUAUUUCAGUAUUUAACACUGGUUGAAGUCCUCAUUUAGGCCUGCAAUAACUCUGUUUUUGGUAUGGUUGUUAUUAUUACCACAAAACCAACCCAUGUGCCCCAGUUUCUAACCAAAGAGUAACCUGAACAACACAUGAGAAAACCUGAAUGACCUCAUGUUUAUGUCACAAUGUUUUCCUUUAAAAGCAACAAGAUACUGUGACAUGAAUGCAGCACUGUUAUCCAACUCUACUGAGCAAUAUUUGAAAAUGACAUCAAUAUAUACACAACCAUUUCAUGGCUAAAAAUAGCUAAAAAUGGAGUCCCCUCAUUUGUUAUAAUUGUCGAAAAAUUAAAACAGAGCAAAAUCCUAUUCCUGCUUACUUUAAGUCACUUUUAUGUGGAAUCUCAUUGACGUGAAGGCUCUACAUGCUAAUUCUUUCAAUUAGGCACUAAAAGAUGUUCCAUGUUGAGUUAUUUUUGUACAUAUAUAAGGUUUAUCCUCAUCACAUUUAUCCCUGUCUACCAGUGAAACCCUGUUAUUCUUUGUUAGUUAACAAGAACACGGGCCAGCUAAUGCAGUUACCAUCUGAAGGCCCAGUUUAUAUUGCACUAUUUAUAUCCCUUCCAGGUCAAGUUAGAGCAGACUGAGAGACCUUCCUGUUUUAAUUUCACCACUGAUGUAUGCAUGUCUUUUAAAUGUUUUGUCUAUUUUUUUUCCACCUCGGAUAGAUCUGAAAACUCAAAGCAAAGCAGUCACUGUGACUUUAAGAUGUGGUGUUUACAGUAACACAACUGCUGAGCUCGAACAAUUCGAGCAAUAAUUUAAGUACUUGCUGUACAUUUUAAAUUAAGUUUUGCCUAAGGUUGCAUCAAAUUUGUCUUUUGACUUGAUAUCAAAUUGAUUUAUAAUUCUGAAACACAACUGAGUGUUGGUUGAGUAAAAUAAACCCAUGAGUGAAGUAUACAUAAGUAAUACUCCAUGUUUCCAAUGUGUAGAUAAUCACACUUAUUUACGUAUUUAGAAAAAAAUAAAUCUUUUGUCAAGUCUGUCCUCGUGUAGAAAGGUUGCUGUUGUUCAAGUCUUAAAAACGUCUUAUUCUGAAUAUAUAUAUACAUGAACAACAUUUGUUUUAAUUUUUUUACAAUAGACUAUAGAAGGUUGUCCCUUCUGUUGUUAAUGUGUUCAGAACUGUUUUAACAUCAACCCUGUUCUCUCCUCUUCGAGGCGCCUCUUUGUCUUAUCCUGCUGCUGCAGCAUGGCAGUAGUUCUAUAAUGUGACCUGCAGCGAUCCUAUUUACCGUCGCUGCACCGCCGAGCUGCGGUCUCCUCUGAUGCUACAGUCAAACUCACAAGACGGUGUCCUCCUUUCGUUUACGUUUCUAAUGGAGGGAGCGCU